GGAAAACGUUGGAAACAGCGCUUGUCUCGUGUUGUCUCUGUUUGUCCGUGCCCCGCUUUAUGCUUGACUGUGUCAGGAGCGGGUCAGGUGUUGCAUCCCUCUGGAGUGCGAAGCGUCUGUUUGGUGGACGUUGUGCAGGAGAGCAAUUUGAGAUUAUAUUUCUGCUUCAGUGUUUGCGAACGAGCACAGAGCCACUGUAUACGCAGACGCGUUUGGACGAAUCGAUGUUCUCACCUUCUUGUUGCGUCGUUCGUCGGAAGUGAAUGAUCGCGUUAUUGUUUACAUUAGGCGUGACAGUGGAGCUUUUUCUCAGCCGCAGUAUGGGCAUCUGCUGUGGAGGCUGCAUCGGGACGUGAUUCUGCUUCGGAGGAUUGAGUUACGGCUGCGUCUGGGUGCGGCUCCAGCCUGCUCCAGCGAGUGUUCCCCCGCAAAUCUCAGGACUCAGCUGCUACCUACCAGAAAAGGUGUCGCGUGGACCAAAGGUAUGGCAGACUCAGAGAGCAUCAGCAUUUCAACAACGCCUGACGGCAAUGAAAGAUCAGACGGCAUCUCACGGCUGACGGCGACCAUAUUCGUACUGGGGGCUGUGGCCGGUGUCGGCGUCCUGGCACUUCCGCACGCCAUUGCAGAUUCAGGCUGGACUGGAGUGGCGGUUGUCGUAUGGGGCGCAUUGUCUGCAGGAUAUUCCGGCUCCAAGCUGGGAACAUGUUGGACAAUCCUGGAAGAACGCUGGGAAGAAUACAAGAGCCAGACGAGGAAUCCCUAUCCUUCCAUAGCGUACAGAGCGUUUGGGAGACCAAUGCGGUCGUUCGUGUCGUCAUUUCAAGUACUUGGCCUGUUCGGUUACGGCACCGUGUUCUUACUUCUGGCCGCUGAUCUUAUGCAAGACAUCGUUGGGCACCUCGCACUUAAGGGCCUCCACUUCUCUAUGUGCUACUGGCUUCUCAUUCUUGCAGUCCCCAUGGGUAUCCUCAUGUGGUUAGGAACCCCGAAAGACUUUUGGUUCGCAGGAUUUGGCGCCCUGGGGGCCACAUUGCUCGCUUGCAUCGUCGUCAUCGUCGUCUGUGUCAUUGACAUCUUAGAUCCCAAUUUUCCGAGGGCGGAGUACGAGACACCGACAUUUUACACCUUCUUCAGGGCCUUCGGGAUCAUAAUGUUCUCAUACGGCGGAACGUCUCAAUUCCCAACCAUCCAGAAUGACAUGCGGAGGCGCUCGCGCUUUCCUAUGGCUGUUAGAGACGCUACAACAAUGCUGCUGAUUCUAUAUACUGUGAUGUGUGGUGUCGGCUACGGGACGUUCGGCAGCAACGUGCACGUGAACAUUCUGAAAGCCAUUGGGAACGAGUCACUGAGGGCCGCCAUACAGGGUCUCUUCAUCCUACAUCUAGUGUGUGCAUUUCUAAUUCUCAUCAAUCCCAUGUGUCAAGAGGUAGAAGAGCACAUAGGUAUACCUCGAGAAUUCACAUGGAAACGUGUGGCGGUCAGGACAUGCCUCAUGCUCGCCAUCGUGUUCGUGUGUCAGUCAGUUCCUCACUUCGACAAAGUGCUGUCCCUCGUUGGAGCCGUCUAUGUUGGACUAACUACGUUCGUCUUUCCUCCCAUAUUCUACAUCAGGCUAUGCAGCCGCACGAAUCCCGACUGGAAGGAUCGGAGUCUCCCGUUCUGGGAAAAGGUGUUGCUAUGGGAACUUGUCUUAGUCGGAGUCAUUGCAGCCAUCGCUGGAACGGUAACUUCAAUCCAAGAGCUGGUGGAACCGGGUUCUUUCAGUAUACCGUGCUACUUGAAUUCUACUGCUUACAUUUGAAAGCUCCAUACAUGUACCUUUGGAGACUAUGAGGCCCGGCACAACGAAGUGUACCGGCACAACGACUGCAUCGAUUGCAAGAUGUGUGACAGCAGGGAUUUCUGCAAGAUUUUAAUCUCUGUUGUGGGCGGGGGGAGGGGGGGCUGCUGGAACACCUAGGGGUGGAGUGGAAGCACCACUACCCACUGGUUUCUGAAGCGUCUUUUUUCUUUCCUUUGGCAGGUAAAAUACCUGAAUGGCCCCUUUCACAGGUGUUUUCGGGGGUGUUGUAAGAUCUUUGGGGUGGGGACGGGGUUUGCUGGGAAGAUCUCCGUCUGACAGGGCUUCUGACCGGGCGUGAUGUCAGUCAUGUGAUCUCAAAGUGCCAAGCAACGAAAAAAAAAAAAAAGAGAGAGGUCUGCAUGUUUGGACAUUGCGCCAGACGCAUUUAAAUGGGGUAACUUUAUAGGGCCAUCGUCUGCGUCAAAAGUAUUGGCGAAACUCUUUUUGAAAUGCUAUUAAAUUUUUUUUUUGAGGGCA